CUUUCAGCUCAUCAGCAGCUCACUGCUCACACUGCAGACAUGAGGUUUUUGAUCUUGUUUGCUCUUUUGUGUGGGGUUUUUGCCGCCCCCUUCACGGAGGAAGAGGAGGCAAAGAGAUUCAUCAGACUGAAGAGACAGUCAGGGUACUGGGACCCGCACCACUCCCAGAACCAGUGGGGCUACACCCUUCAGGAGCAGGCAAACGAGUACUGGACAGCUCUACGAACAGAUGCUCAGUACUACAUGGACAUGGGUAACCUGAUGUUCGACCGCUCUGUGGCUACGGAAAACAACAGGCUGUAUAUGGAGAUGCUGCGCAAUGUACGAGCUCACCUGGACAGCCAGACAGGUGGACACAGAUAAUAAAACAAACAAUGUGACGUUU